AGCUCGCAGGGGUGGAGCAGCCGACCAAGGACCCCCCGGCGGAGCACCGGCGCGGCUCGGCACCCACCGAGGCCGACUGGAGUGACUGCUCCUUAGAGGAUAUCGAGAGGACCUUCUGCCAAGAGCUUUCCAAGUCCUAUGAGAAGAUCGAGAAGGCCCUCAGCGCGGGGGACCCCUCGAAAGGCGGCUUCGUGUCUCUGACCUACCUGAAGGUUGUCCUCGACACCUUUGUGCACCACUUACCGAGAAGAGUUUUUAUCCAGUUGAUGAAGAGAUUCGGACUUAGAACCACCAGUAGAAUCAACUGGAAGCAAUUUCUGACAUCAUUCAAUGAGCCUCAGGGGUUGGAAGGCAACAGUUUGGCUCCCCUGGCAAGGAGAAAUGGCCUCGGCUCCAGGAGUCAGCCCCGCGCGGAGAGCGCCGCGGCGAAGCUGCUGCGGCUGGCCGAGGACCGCUGCGUGUCGCUGAAGAAGGUGCUGCAGGUCAUCCACAGCAAACCCGACGGCCAGAUCACGGGGGAAGAAUUGCGACACGUCCUGAAUUGCAUGGUUGCGAAGUUGAGCGAUUCGGAAUUCAAGGAACUGAUGCGGACACUCGACCCCAGGGCCACGGGGGUGGUCAGUGUGAGCCAGUUCACGGCCCUGCUGGAGGAGAAGCCCAAGACGAAGAAGGCGCCCCCCACUGCGGACUCUAAGGUGCCUCCCCCGCUGGCGUGGGACUCAGUGGAAGAAACUGUUCAUGAUGCGCUUGCUAGGAAUCUGCCAGCUUUUUAUAAAAUGCUGCAGUCCUACGACCUUGGAGACACAGGGCUCAUUGGUCGAAAUAAUUUCAAGAAAAUCAUGCAAAUAUUCUGCCCAUUUUUAACGAAUGAACAUAUAAUAAAGCUCUGCAGCGGGUUCCGGGACUCUGCCUCCGGAAGGAUCCUCCACAAGAAGCUGCUGGCGUGCAUCGGCGUCGGCAGCCCCCCCGGCGCCUCUCCAGCGCCUCCCCCAAAGGAGCAGCCCUCAGGUGGGGGGCGCCCCCCCAGGGAGGAGCAGCAGCCAGCGGCCCUCCCCGAGAGAAGCAAGCCCGCGGAGGAUAAGGGCGCCCCGGCCAAGUGCAUGACCAAAGAGGAGGUCAUCGCGAGGCUCAAGACCUGCAUACGGCAGCAGGACCCGGCGUUCCGGAAGCGCUUCCUCGCUGUGAGCAAGGAGCCGCACGGGAAGAUAGGCGUGCGCGCCUUCAGGAAGGUCCUGGAAGACAGCGGGAUGCCCAUGACCGACAGCCAGUACGCUCUGCUGGCCGCAAAGAUAGGCUACAGGGACGACGGGAUGAGUUACCUGGACUUCACCGCAGGAUUCGAAGGUGCUGCCAUGAGCGGGCAGGAAGCGCCUCUUCCUCAGACCCCUGCCCCCGCCCCCGCCCCCGCCCCCGCCCCCGCCCAGAGUCACCCCUGCAGCCACUUCGUCACCGCGGAGGAGUGCCUGCAGCUGCUCCCCAGGAGGCUGGCCGAGUCCUUCCGGGACCCCUACUCUGCCUUCUUCAAGAUGGACACGGACAGGGACGGCAUAGUCAGCAUGCGUGACCUGCACGGGCUGCUGCUGCACCUCUUCAGCCUCAGGGACGAGGAGUUCGAGCGCCUCCUGGGCCUGCUCGGCCUGCGACUCAGCGUCACUCUGAACUUCCGGGAGUUCCGGAGUCUGUUUGAGCAGAGUCCUCCGGGCGCGGACGAGGCGCCCCAGAGGGUGGUCAGACUCAAACAGAGGGUCGCGGACUCAGAUCUCGCCUGCGAGCAGGCUCAUCAGUACCUUGUGACCAAAGCAAAGAACAGAUGGGCAGACUUGUCCAAGAACUUCAUCGAGACCGACAACGAGGGCAACGGCAUCCUGCGGCGCCGGGACAUCAAGAACGCCCUGUACGGCUUCGACAUCCCGCUCACGCCGCGCGAAUUCGAGAAGCUCUGGCAGAGCUACGACACGGAGGGCCGAGGGCACAUCACCUACCAGGAGUUCUUACAGAAACUGGGCAUCGCCUAUUCCCCGGGCGUCCACCGGCCCUACACGGAGGACUAUUUCAACUUCAUGGGCCAUUUCACCAAGCCCCAGCAGGUGCAAGAGGAGAUAAGAGUACUGCAGCAGCACCGAGACACGGCCGAGAAGCCCAGCGCAGCCAGGGAUAAGCUGCUGGCUCACUGCGACGACAUCAGCAGAGUGCUCGCCAAGGAGGACGAGUCCAGGAGCGGCUCCGUGCCCGUGAGCAGGAUGCAGAAGCUGCUGGGGGAGUGCGGCUGUCCCCUCCGGGAAGAGGAGCUGGCCGCUCUCCUGAGCAGCUGGGGAGUGAGCCUACACGACAAUUCCAUCAACCUGGCCGACUUCCUGAGAGCUCUGGAGAGCGGCCGUCCAGGGCCGGAGCCGCCGGACAAAGAGGAGGACGGCGGCGUGGUGGUGGACUUCUCCACGGUGACCCUCCCAGAGGUCGUGAGGAGCGUCCAGCAAGUGGUGGGCUCCUGCCAGCCGGCCCUGUCCCAGGCCUUUUCUGCACUGGACAAAGAGGACGCCGGGUUUGUGAAGGCGGCAGAGUUCGGGGACGUCCUGAGGGCUUUCUGUCACGGGCUCGUGGACAGCCAGUACCACCACCUGCUGAGGAAGCUGAGGCUCCACCUGGCGCCCUACGUCCACUGGAAGUACUUCCUGGAGAACUUCGGCUCCUUCCGGGAGGAGGUGAGGGCGCGAGCGUCCCCUGUGGCCUUGAAGCCAAAACGGGCCCUGGGGUGAAACCACGCCAGACGCCCUGGUGAUCACCUCCUGUGAUCGGCUCACUCCAGGGUGAAUUCUGUGUGGGGGUG